AUGGUGGGGCCGGUGCUUCGCUCUCUCUGGUCCUCCACCCGCAACUCUUUCUCUUCCUCAGCUUCAUCCAUCGCUCCCAAACCGUACCUACUGCCCCCACGCGCCUCAGCACUCGCACGCGCCUUCUCGGCAGCCACUGCGGCCUCCGAUGCUACUUCACCGAGCAGCGCGCUGAACCCAAGCCGGCUCCGCAGCGUGGCGGUAAUAGCUCAUGUUGACCAUGGCAAGACCACGCUCAUGGACCGCCUCCUCCGCCAGUGCGUGGCCGACAUCCCCCAUGAACGCGCCAUGGACUCCAUCAGCCUGGAGCGGGAGCGCGGCAUCACCAUCGCCUCAAAGGUCAGUUACAUCAGUUCCGUGAAGGAGUAUGAGCUAAACAUGGUUGGUACGCCUGGACACGCAGAUUUUGGUGGUGAAGUUGAGCGGGUUGUUGGUAUGGUUGAGGGGGCAAUUUUAGUUGUUGAUGCUGGGAAGGUCCGCCUGCGCAGACAAAUUUCAGAAGAGAUGUGUAAUGAAGUUGAGAGUUUGAUAUUCGAUCUUUUUGCGAAUCUUGGUGCUUCAGAGGAGCAGCUAGAUUUUCCUGUGCUGUAUGCAUCUGCUAAGGAAGGUUGGGCUUCCACCACUUACACCAAAGAUCCACCUGCUGAUGCAAGAAAUAUGUCACGGCUGCUUGAUGCCAUUAUAAGUCAUGAUGUGGAAAUGCCUUCGUGGAUGGAUUUGAAAGCUAGGCACCGCAUUCGUGUUGGUGACAGAGUUCAUAGGCUGCGUCACAAAGGUUCUGGGGUUGAGAAAAUUGAAGAAGGGAAGGUUGUGAAACUGAUGAAAAAGAAGGGAACACAGAUGGCCCUAAUUGAUAGUGCUGGAGCUGGUGACAUAGUAUCCAUGGCUGGGUUGGCAAGUCCAUCUAUUGGCCAUACGGUCGCAAACGUUGAGAUUAUGAGUGCAUUACCCACCGUUGAGUUGGAUCCCCCAACUAUUUCCAUGACUUUUGGUGUUAACGAUUCUCCAUUAGCUGGUCGUGAUGGUACCCACCUCACUGGAGGAAAAAUUGGUGAUCGGCUAUCAGCUGAAGCGGAAACCAAUCUUGCCAUUAAUGUUCUUCCAGGCUUAUCAGAAUCAUAUGAAGUUCAAGGGAGGGGAGAGCUUCAACUAGGUAUUUUAAUUGAGAAUAUGAGGCGGGAAGGCUUCGAGCUGUCUGUCUCACCUCCCAAAGUCAUGUAUAAAACGGAGAAUGGUCAAAAGCUUGAGCCAAUUGAAGAAGUUACUAUUGAGGUAAAUGAAGAGCAUGUCGGGUUAGUUAUGGAAGCCUUAUCUCAUAGGCGAGCUGAGAUUGUUGACAUGGGUCCUGUUCCAGGAAGUGUUGACAGGACUAGAUUGUCUUUGACAUGUCCAUCAAGGGGUCUGGUUGGUUACAGAAGCGUGUUUAGCAGUGACACACGUGGAACUGGAUUUAUGCAUCGCGCUUUCUUAACCUAUGAAAAAUACAGAGGUCCUCUUGGAAAUGUCAGGAAAGGAGUGUUGGUGUCAAUGGGCUAUGGUACAAUCACAGCCUAUGCGUUAAUGAGUUUAGAACCUCGAGGAACUCUUUUUGUGAAUCCUGGCAUGGAGACAUAUGAUGGCAUGAUUGUUGGCGAACAUUCGAGGGACACAGAUCUAGAUGUCAACCCUGUAAGAAAUAAGGAACUUACAAAUGUGCGUGCUGCAAGCAAGGAUGAGAAUGUGAAACUAGCUCCUCCUCGCCUUAUGACUCUUGAAGAAGCGAUAGGCUAUGUAGCCUCUGAUGAGCUUAUUGAGGUUACACCAAAGGCCAUUCGGUUAAGGAAAAAAUAUAUGGACGUUAACAAGCGUAAAAGCAUGAGUAAACGGCAAAAGGAAUAA